CAACAACAACCCAUGCACGGGACAUGCUCCGGGAUCACUCGUAGCCAAGUGUCAUUUUUCUUGGUGUCCUCCCCUGAUCAUCUUGUCGUUGAAUGAUUCAGGGCACAGGGUACAUCCUUGAUGAUGGGUUUACCAGUUGAACGCUGCGUCCACACGCAAAUAGACUUCGGAGCAGCUUCCGAACGGUUGCUUCGUCUGCUGUUUCGCCCUUCAAGGCCUGUGUGGCGGUACCUUAAGCCAGUUGGGUAAACUCCAUUCCCCCCCAGUUGACAUGAGGCAGUUUGUUUUCCCCUCCCCUCCAAGUCUCUCGUUAAUGGGUCUCUCCCGCAUCUCAAUUUAACUUGCUUUACACUUUUGUUGUUAUUUUUUAUAUUUUUUUUAUUUUUGUUUUGUUCUUCGUCAAAUUGUACUUUAUUAUAGUGAACGCUUUAGACUCCCGAAACCUAGCAACGCCAGAUAAAUCACACAAGAACUAUCGAGCAAAAAAAGACAAACCGCAGGAGCGGCUUGGGCCGGGACUCCACCAACGCUUUUCAGGUUCUCGACCGUUGCAGAAUGAUGAACCAACCACCACUUGAUAUCUCUCCACAAGCUUCGCUUGCUCUUGGUAACAACCUACACUGCGCAUAACCAAAGCAGUGCGAGCGACAUACAAACUUAUAUCAAACUUCAAGAAUCCCCAGUCAUUAAGCCUACCUACCCAAAUGGUGGGGAGGAAGAAGGCUUGUGACUCUUGUCACAGACGCAAGAUCCAAUGCCACGGGUCAUUGCCACAAUGUAAUUGGUGCAAGCAGCGAGGUCUCCCGUGUACGUUUAAUAGAGAGACGAGUAUCAGGAGGAAGUCUUCCAAGCCGGCACAAGCGGCAGCUCGUGGCUCUCAAAAUGACCUGGCACGCCGCAUGGACCGCAUCGAGCAGAUUCUAAAAGCCGCCCAGCGAAACCAAGCGGAUCCUUCUUCGGGGCAAUCCAGGCAUGAUACAGUGCUCGAAGAGGCCGCCGCGCUCGCCGCCGACCUUCUCGCGAACGGAUCUUCCGCCAUACCCUCGCCUGCGACGUCGAGCCCUGGUCGAAACCGCUCUGGUGAAGCUCAGUCUCAACCCGGCCCCGCGGUAAAGCUAGAGGAAGGAGUCCAGCAGGGAUCAUUGGUUGAUCACGUCGAGACGGCUCAGCAACAUACCCACCCGUCACCAUUUUCUUCGAUCCCCUCGUAUGCGCCGCCCGGAUUCGGAUAUUUCCCGCCUGAAUCUUCCAUGCCCAGCGGCAUCGGAUUCGGCAAGCUAUACGUUGCAGGAAUGGAUCUGGGUGAGCUCAGCCCCUAUAACGGCGUUCCUUACUUCUCCGAGGCUGGCUUGGACUGGAUCAGGGAAAGGUGCGACACAGAACCACAGUUCGAGAGCAUAUUCGCGCGUUUGCGAGCCCCGUCUGGCCCCAGAACGGCCUCCACCCCAGCAAGCAAUCCGAACCGGGACUCGGUCGACCCGGAAGACCAGAGUACGACGAACCAAUGUUAUGACGACGGCAUACUAUGGCAGACUCGCCCAGACGGCUGGUUCCUCGAACAGGGUUAUCUGAACGUCGGGGAUAUGCCUGCUGUCCUGAAAAGGCAUCCGGCUGCAGACCUGCCAGACCGGGCCCUGUUGGAGUACUGCGUGCUGUUGUUUCGACAGUCGUUCCUCGGCAUCACUGCACCCGUAAUCGACCCGGUACUUUUCGCCGCGACCAUCGAAAGCGCUUACUCGUAUUACCAGCCCGCAGAAGAUAGAAGGGAGAUGAGCGGCUCACCUGGCCAGGAUGCAAGUCGCUCCCCUAGGGACAAGUCUGCCGAGGUCGAUGCUUCCAAUGACCUCGCGUGGGAGUAUCGUCGACAGCGGCGACUUGGAGAUGAGUAUCGAUCCAGGAGAGGCAUGGAGGCACUAUGUGCCAAGGCUUGCAUAUUUGCCUUCAUGUCUCUGGUGUCAUUAAUAGAGACCGACAAAGACGCGGGGCUGCCUCCAAUAGAUGGGGAGGCGUACGCUGCGGCUGCACACUUGAUGUUUCCCGAAUUUAUACCUGCUGCCUCGGUGGUUACGGUUGAAACGGUAACGAUGCUGACCGUAUUCCACACAUUGACCGGUCAACUACAGGCAGCCGGUAUGUUUCAUACUGCGGCUGUCCGAGUAUUGUUCAUGCUCGGGGGUCACACCUCAUACGGAUCCGGGUUUUCACCUGAAGAUGACCCGCUUGCGCUACCGAACAUGAACGGCAUCCACAUCAGUGCAUCACCAGAACAAAGUGAACAAGUCGAUGAAAAGCCACGACCGGAAACGCCUGACGCCCGACUGCGGAGGCACAUGCGAAAUCUAUAUCGCAUGUGCUACCUGUUUGAUAAAGAGCUCGAGUUGCGCACAGGCUUGCCACCAUGCAUGGAUAAUGACUAUUGCGAUCUUGCCAUCCUCGAGCGGUCGUGGUCGAUCGAUGCGGAUGGACUCCCCCUUGAUAAGCCAAUGCCGAUGGGCAAUACUGGUUUCAGCAAGUACAGCUUGACACUGCGGGAAGAAAUCGACUUCAAGGCAAAGCUGAUGCCAGCUCAACUUCGUAUCUCCAUGAUAAAGUCUCGGGUCAGUAAACUGCUUUACUCGGUUACGUCGCUACGCAAGUCAGAUGCUCAGCUGCUGCGUGAUAUCCGAGAGUUGGAUGAGGAAUUGGACAGAUGGAGAAGCUCUCUCCCACCUCAGCACAGGCCGAUGCUCGUGGUCCCGGUUAAAGUCAAGAAACGGAGAGCCUCUACAGUGCAAGGAACAAGUCCAAUGGGGGCUAGAGCCGACUCAAUGAUUUCACAGGGCGGCUCGCCUGCAAGGCCAUUUCCACAUGGCCCUGUAUCAGGACAUGAACAGCAACGACACAUAUCCACAGGAAACUCUGUGACCCCCGAGUCAGCAAGCAAUGGAUCAUCGGCCCCGUGGGUGCCGAUGUCCGGUGAUGGAUCGCUACGGCGCGACUCGGCCUGCGCAAACGAGAACGAUGGCAGCGAUGACAGCGACAGCGAUGAUAUCAGAAGCAAGGACAGGAACAGGUGGAACUCAAACGACCUCACCAUGCACUUUGAUUAUCAUUACCUUAUGGCGACUGUCCACCGCGCAUCUGGACGUUGCCGGGCCUGGACGCAGGGAGGAGAGAUGGCUGGUAUCAGCUCCAGCCAGGCGCUGGCCCUGCAGGCAAGCCGAUCCACACUGAUGUACCUUCGCACGGCUGUCAUGAGCAGGCACGGCAUGGCAUUUUGGAUGCUCUUCUUCUAUCCCAUGUCUGCCAUCCUGACGAUAUUCUGCAAUGUGCUCCUCAACCCUCUAGACGCGUCGGCGGAAGAGGACCUAGAGAUGCUAGGAUCGGUCGAGAGCCUAAUCAAAGAGAUGCGGCGGCGGCGGCAACUGACGCCCAACGAGAUGGUGAAUAUCACCAUGAUUGAUGAGUUCGUGGCCGAGCUGACGAGGUUGGGCCACUGCGCCAUCCACAAUGCCUCGAGGGAGGCCAACGGUGGUCCAGAUGGGGGUGGCAUUGCUCCAGAAAGUCAACAGCAACUCCACCAGCAGCAUCAGCAUCAGCAUCCAAUAAUGAGAGCGCCAUUUACUGUGGUGGGUCGGUAGGGUUGGGCUGGUUGGGUCCUAAUAGCAAUCCCUGAGAAGGCCUUUAAUGUCCACCUGUUUUGUGUGUACAAUUGAUGUUCGUGUAGGCUUUAACGGUACAAGUGUUGUCAAUGUCAAACUUUAAUCUUCAUGGAGAAAGCUGGUUCAUGUUCGCUUUAGGGUUCGUUAGGAUGAGAUUCCUGCAACCUGUCAGAUCGACCAAAGCAGUAGGAACUCCGUAGGUUAACUCGUGACUCGGUUCAACCUCUCAAAAACA